AUGGCUGAGUGGCCGGGGCCCAGGGCCGACCCCGAGCAGAUGAUCUGGAGCCCUGGCUCCAGCGUGGCUGCACUCCGGUCCCCCACGGGCUUGGAGGUGAAGCUGGGCUCCCUGGUGACGCUGCUGCUGCUGCCCAUCUUGUGCGGCCUAGCUCCACUCUGCGUCUUCCGGCCACACGGGAGCGGGGCCGGUUCGUUGGACACGCGCAGAAAGGUCCUGAGCCUGGUGAGCUGCUUUGCGGGUGGCGUGUUCCUGGCUACCUGCCUCCUCGAUCUGGUCCCCGACUACCUGGCGAGCAUCAACCGAGCGCUGGCUUCCCUGAGCGUCACACUCCAGUUCCCCCUGCAGGAGUUCAUCCUGGCCAUGGGCUUCUUCCUGGUGCUGGUGAUGGAGCAGAUUGUGCUGGCCUACAAGGACCAGUCUGGCUCCCUAGAGGAGACGCGGGCUCUGCUGGGGGCCUCGGCCCAGGACAGCACCGUGCAAUCCCAGCACUGGCAGGAGGGGCCCCUGCGCCCCGCCUGGGGCUCUGCCCAGGAGCGCCCCCACGUGCACGUUGACUUCAAUGCGCACUCGGCCAUCCGCUCCUUCAUCCUGGUCUUCUCGCUCUCGCUGCACUCCGUCUUCGAGGGGCUGGCCGUGGGGCUGCAGGAGGCCAGCGCCAAGGUGCUGGAGAUCUGCCUGGCCCUGCUCAUCCACAAGUGCGUCAUCGCCUUCAGCCUCUCGCUCAAGCUGCUGCAGGGCCGGCUGCGCCCCCGGGCCGUGGUCGGCUGCCUGCUGCUCUUCGCCCUCAUGUCCCCGCUGGGGAUCGGCCUGGGGGUGGCCCUGACGGAGACCUCGGGCGCCCUGCACCAGCUCUCCCGCAGUGUGCUGGAGGGGCUGGCCACCGGCACCUUCAUCUACAUCACCUUCAUGGAGAUCCUGCCGCACGAGCUCAGCUCCUCCGAGCAGAGAAUCCUCAAGGUCAUCCUGCUCCUCGCCGGCUUCGCCCUGGUCACCAGCAUCCUCUUCAUCAAGAUCUGA